AAAGAGCACAAGGGCCGAAAAUUGAUACUUGAGGACAUACAUACUGUCUUUAUUUUUGAAAUGUUAGCUAAUGAACCAACCAUAACAGUUGAAGCUGUCACAGAUCAAUUUUGCCGAAAAAAAAAAAAAAAAAAAAAAAAAAAAAAAAAAAAAAAAAAACAGUCUAGUAUCAUAGAAGGGUUUAAGUUAGCAAUAAAUAGUGAGUGCAUUAACAUAUAA